AACUGUUCUUUACCUAUAAAUAUGCGUGUAUAGAUUAUCAAGACAACAUCCUCAACAGUCCUAGAAUCAGAAUUAUUGAAGUUAACAACACAAGUGCCCAGUAGGACACCGCACAGGAAAUGGUAGCGGCAGAGGUAAAAUACGUAGGGUACAGUCAGCAUAUACGAACUCAAAUACCAACCACAAACGUUAUAUACAAGAUUUAAAUGCCUCUCAAUAUAAUUGUUGUAUCAUCUUACGACCUAUAUCUGUAUUACUUCAUAAAAAUGUUUAAAUUACCUUUAAUUAUCACGCAAUUUUAAACCUUUAGUUUUGUGCUGACUUAACAUAUACAUGAAUCUUGCACCGUAUUAUAAGAGGUACCUAUGAAUAGCCCAUAACGAAACAAAAAAAUACAAUAACUUUUGAAAAAGAGCAUGAUCGGGUUUCUUUGUUAUCCAAAAGAUAUAAACGAUGAAUAGUAAACAAAAUCAGUUCUUGCAUUACCUCCGUCUGAUAAACUUAAAAGGGAAUAGUGCCCUCAACGAUUUUAAAUUGAUGACUUUUAUAAGAGUUUCAGCGAUAAAUACACUGGAAAAAUGUUGGAAUACAAGGAUAUCAAACAAAUGAAAAAAGUUUAUGCUAUAAUUUUGAUCUGUUUAUAUGUUAUAAGUUUUAUUCUGGUAAAUAUAGGAUUUUACUCGCCUGAAUGGUACAAGUUAUAUGAACAGUGGCCAGAUGUUCCUUGGUGGUGGUGGCCUUCAAGAAACAGGGUUUGUAAUGAGGUUGGUCUAGUAAGCGGUGACUGUAGGUAUCCAUACACCGGUAUAGACAAAGGACAAGGGGAAAAAGGCUUUGUUCUCCGGACAACUUUCUAUAUGAUGAUGACGUCAAUUUGUGUAUUAUACAUGUCUUUCCUCUUCUUGGUUACCGGUAUAAUAUUCAAUAUGCUUGAAAGUCCAAUAUUCAUGGGUUUCGGGUCAAUUAUUGCCGGGGUUCUGUACCCAGCAGCUGCUGUUUUGACGAUAGUUGCAAGCGUCUAUGCGGAGCUAAAUAACAGGAGUAAGAUUGGCUACGCUGCCAUCAUCACUAAUAUUGGCGGAGGCCUCAUGCUGAUUUGCUAUGUCAUGCUGAGAAUGUACAAGAAAGUAUUCAGGAGAAUGAAAAAGUAUCUAGAAGUCAAUGACUAAAAGAGAACUGUUUAACUUUCUACCGGUGACGGACUAGUGUGAGAAUGAGCUAUUUUGGAAAAAAUAUCUUAAUAUAGUUUAUGUUAA